AUGCACUCUGGUGAGAAAACGCAAACAUGUGAAAUAUGUAAUAAGUCAUUUAGUUAUAAAUCUAAUCUAUAUCAACAUAUUACAUCAGUUCAUCUCCAAGAGAAGAGAUUUAAAUGUGAAAUAUGCGAGAAAUCAUUUUCACGUAGUCAUAAUCUGAAAUAUCAUAUGUCAAUACAUACUGGUGAAAAAGACUAUAAGUGCGACAUAUGUGAAAAAUCUUUUCCGCUGAAGGAAAGCCUCACAAAACAUAUGAUAACGCACUCUGGUGAGAAAACGCAAACAUGUGAAAUAUGUAAUAAGUCAUUUGGACUAAGAAGUUCUCUUCAAAAACAUAGGACAACUAUGCACACUGUUGAGAAAAGAUAUGCAUGUGAAAUGUGUGAUAAAUCAUUUUCUUUGAGAGGUAACUUAAAGGCACAUAUGAAAAUACACACUGGCGAGAAACAUCAUGCAUGCGGAAUAUGUGAAAAGUCAUUUUCUCGUAAAUAUGCUCUUGAUGGGCAUAUGACAAUACACACUGGUGAAAAGAAAUAUUCUUGUGAAAUAUGUGGUAAAUCAUUUUCCUUCAGAAGUAACCUUAGAUCACAUAUGAAAAUACAUAAUGGUGAUAGAAAGUAUCACUGUGAAAUCUGUGAAAAGUCAUUUGUUCACAAUAGCAAUCUCAAAAGACAUAUGAAAAUACAUUCUGGUGAAAAGGAGCAUCAUUGUGAAAUUUGUGAUAAAUCGUUUGCUGAUAAAAGUUAUAUUAAAGCACAUAUGAAAGUACACACUAAUACUAAAACCAUGUAAAUGUGAUAGAUAAAUUACAAGACCUUAUCUUUAUCGCAAAAAGCAAAACAAAAAGAAAGAAGAAAAAAAAAACGUAAAAAGGAACUCAUGCGGUAAAUGGUUAUUUUUCUAGAAGAAAUUGUCUUAAGGACAAAUAUUUAAAUGUGUGAUGUUGUAUAUUUUCUUUCAGGGGACAUCUCAAGACAUAUUUGAUAAUAUUCAUUGACGUUUGAAUAUUCGUAUAAACUAAUUCAAUACACUAAAGACAAAGUCCACAUAAUAGAAGAAAAGAGGCUUAAUUGGCGUGACGUAAAACAACUUUCGUUUCGUGAAAACGUAAAAAUCGUUUUUCCUUGUAGUUUACUGAAUCAGCUAUUACAGUAGCAGAUAGCUAGCAAAAUUACAUUAAAUAACACAAAAACAUGUACAUAUUUUAACAUUAGAAAAUAAUUAAAGUCACAAAGUGUCAUUUAUUAACACGUUGUUGGGGCAAAAUAUGUAAAUACAUUUUUGAUCAUUCACAGUGAUUUUGUUUUUAAUGUAAUGUAGAGAGUUAAUGCACCUUUUCUAAGUGCAUUAUAUCUGCAGAAACACUAUAUCUGCAGAAGCACUUUAUCUGCAG